AUGGUGCAGCGUGUCUUGUCCGACUCAGACGAUGGGUUCUCCAUGAUGCAGGUGAUGUCUAUUGCAGUUUUGGCGGCUCUGGCCUUCGCUUUGUGUGAUAGAUGGUUGCCAAUCUCCGCUGCAUCUGAAGAGCUGGUCAUUGUGGCACUCCUUUGUGCUCUCGAGUUCGGCCGCCGCUGCUACCAGAAGGUGUCGCCAAGCGUGACACACCAUGAGUCCAAGAACGCUUCCAAAGCACUGGAUGUCAAGUCACAGUUGGAGCAUUGCGAUGAUUCAGAUGCCGAGAUGUACCCAGAAUACCCAGAGAUGGAGGCGAACAUUCUGCCGAGGCUACAGGCAGCUGCACGUGCCGGAGACACUUGCACAGCCGAGGCCCUUCUGGCAAAGAUGCGGAAGACGAAGCAGUUGAGUGCAAUGUCAUUUGGAGCUGUGAUCAGCGCCUUUGCCCGCAAUCGAAACGCCCAUGGAGCUGAGAGAUGGCUGAAGGCUUUGAUUGCAGAGGGCAUCGGCAAGCCCAACGUGAUCAGCGUCAACAUGGUGAUUUCGACCUUUGCGAAGCAGGGAAAUGUUGCCAAGGCUGAGUACUGGCUCAUGGAGAUGCCCCGCUUGGGGCUGGAGGCAGAGAUAAUGACCUACAACGCCGUGAUCGACGCCUGCGCGCAGGCAGGUGACAUCGAUCGUGCUGAGCACUGGCUCCAAAAGGUCCGCCAAGGGCCCGGGCCCAACAUUGUGAGCUUCAGCUCCGUGCUUCACGCGUGUGCCAAGGCGGGCGACGCUGACCGGGCCGAGCAGUGGCUCGAAAGAAUGCAGGCUGAAGAUGGACUGACACCCAAUGUCAUCUGCUACAACUCGGUCAUCCACGCCUGCUGCCGACGGGGCGAACUCCGCCGGGCCGAGGAUUGGCUCGCGCGCCUGCAAGAGAGCGGGGUGCAGCCGACCGUGACAAGCUAUGGGGCCAUCAUCGACUGCACCGCCAAAUCGGGCAAGGCCGGUGCCGCUGAGGCAGAGGCUUGGAUUCGCCGCAUGGAGGCGGCGGGCAUCAAGGCCGACGUUGCAAGCUACAACAUGGUCUUGUCCGCACACUGCAAAUCGAGCAUGAGAUGUGCCGAACGAUUCCUGCAGACCCUCUACUCCAAGAAAGUGCCUGUGAACACGAGCACCUUGAAUCUCUUGCUUGGUGGGUAUGCGCGCCUGGGGGAUACCCGCGGGGCCAUCGACUGCCUGCGAAGCUUCAAGGAGAGGGCGGUGCGUGCCGACGGCAUGACAUGGAAGCUGCUGGUGAAGGCCGUGACGGAUGCCAGUUCUGGUGCUCUCCAGCUGCUGGAGACCAUGAUCUCCGAAGGCUUCACGCCGGAGCUCGCCUGUUUCAAUGCCAUUCUGGCGCACUUUGCCUCAAAGAAGGAUGUCCCAAGUGCGGAGAGAUGCAUGAAGUGCCUCAUCCACGCAGGGCUGGAGCCGGACGCCGCCAGCCACUUGGCCAUGCUUCAGGCUUGCGCCGGUGAUGCAAUUCGUGGCGAGUACUGGCUCAGCAGCAUGGCGUCGAAAGGUUUGGAGGCCAAUGCCUCUGUGAUCACCCAGUUCUUCCAUGGUAUUGCCAAGCUUGGCGACGUGCAGCGCCUGGAAAGGCUGCUGCGGAAGUACAGGGACGCAGGCGGCGAGCCUGUCAGCGGCAUGUACAACGCUCUCAUCAGCGCGCACGCCCAGCGCGGCGACGUGGAACAGGCCCAGAAGUGGUUUGAGGAGAUGGUCGAUGUCGGAUGCCAAGGAGAUGUCGCAAGCUUUUCAGCCUUGGUCCAUGCAUGUGCCAAGUCCAACCAGCUGGAGCGAGCCGAGACCUGGAUUGAAAAGAUGGAGGCGUCUGGUGUGCCGGCGAAUGUUGUCACCUACAACAGCAUGAUCAAUGCAUGUGCAAGAUGUGCUAAUGCAGACAGGGCCGAAGUGUGGUUGCGAAGGAUGGAGCAGAAUGGCUUGCAUCCUGUGCUGGUUACCUACAAUUCCUUGGUCAAUGCCUUUGUCAAGGCUGGCCGACGUGCAGAAGCCGAAGAGUACCUGCCCGUCAUGUGCAACCGCGGCAUUCAACCUGAUGCAGUCACUUACAGUACGCUUAUCCAUGCCUGGGUGAGCGCGCGUGAUCCCGCUCGAGCAGAGAUGUGGCUGAAGCAGAUGCUUGCGAACUGCCCCAAGCAAGCAAAGCAUGUUGCUGGGCAGCCAAGCGCGUUUUGCUUCAACUCGGUCAUCGAAGCGUGGGCUGACGAAGGGCAGGUGGAUCGAGCCAUGCAAUGGCUGAAAGAGGCUCCGAAGUCUGUGGACAAACAGAGCCUGAGCAUAGGCCCUGUACUUGCAGGGCUGCUCAAGGCGAGUCGAGUUCAAGAAGCUGCCUUGUUGGCCUUGCAGGUGCCAUCCAAUGGUUGGCAAGCUCCUCGCUACGGCCCUGGAAGCUUGGCGGCAGUUGCCGCGGCACUUGACAGCAUGGGGGCACAGAAUCAAGCAGACUCCAUCCGUGCCUUGGCCAAGCAGUCUCCAGCGCGCUGUGGGCAACGCAGAGCAAGCGGAGCAAGCUCAACCUUGGAGUAG